AUGAGUGAGUUUACCAAGACAGAUUUCAACGCUGGAGAUUAUUCCAAUUUUCGGCCUAGUUAUCCUCCAGAAUGGUAUCGCACCCUGAAUGAGUUCCAUAAAGGAAAUCGAAACCUUGUUAUCGAUGUGGGCUGCGGUCCAGGUACUGCCACCUUCGACAUCAGUAGGAAUCUCUCAUUCAAAAGGGUCAUUGGAGCAGACAUUUCUGAGCCAAUGAUUGAAAAGGCUAAAGGGCGUGCCAUCGAGGUAGAUAACUCGGUUAAAUUCGUUGUUUACAAUGGGGAAUUGGAUGACAUUAUAUCACGUGACCCAUUUAAUCCUAGUUCAAAGCAGGUACCAGACUUGAUAACGAUGGCCGAAUGCGCUCACUGGAUGGAUUGGGAUACUAUUUUGGGACAAGUAGCCAAGAUCUUACCAAGUCAAGGAACCUUAGCGGUUUGGGGCUACGUAGAUCCCGCAUUCGUCGAUUUUCCUGAACUUGACGAUGAGAUUGAAAAGUUACAAUACGGAGAUGCUCCGUUCGGUUUGGGACCAUACUGGCAACAACCCGGUAGACAAAGAUUAAGGGAUCUAUAUCCUCAAUUGCCUCCUUCUGAGAAAUGGUUCACUGAUAUCAAUCUCUGGAGACACGACAUUAGAUCCCAAGAUAACAAAAACACCCCAUUAAUUAUGGAAAAGACAAUGACGCUUGAAGCGUUCGACAAGUAUACAACGACAUGGAGUAGCUACCACAAGUGGCAACAACUGCACCAGAAACAAAACGAUGGAUCCAUCAACGCAAUAAACCCAAGAACUAUAUUCUUGAAUAAGGUAUACAAACACACAGGAUUGAAGUCACAUGACUUGGUUCGUGUUGCCUGGAAGACGGUAGCUUUACUCGCGCGCCGCAAGUAG